AUGAGCACUCUUCAAUACCGGCCAAAGUCAGCACCCACGGAAGCCACAAUGCAGAUGCAGACAGACGACUGCGAUGGAGAGACUCUCGCUGCAAGGUACCAGAUGCUGGAAGAGCUCGGAAGCGGCUCGUUCGGGACAGUUUACAAGGCCAUUGAGAAGUCGACUGGCGAGAUUGUGGCCGUAAAACAUGUCGAUCUUGAAUCCUCAGAGGAGGACCUUUCAGACAUCCUUUCCGAGCUUUCGGUCCUAUCGUCCUGCGCCUCUUCGCAUGUCACAAAAUACAAACUCGCUUUCCUACGCCGGCAAACGUUGUGGAUCGUGAUGGAAUACCUGGGCGGAGGCUCAUGCGCUGAUCUGCUGAAACCUCCGCCACAUAACCUCCCAGAGUCGCAUAUCGCAAUCAUAUGUCGAGAACUCCUCAUCGGUUUGGACUAUCUGCAUCGGGAAGGAAAGUUGCAUCGUGAUAUCAAGGCAGCAAAUGUGCUCCUUGGUCGCGAUGGCAGGGUCAAGCUUGCGGAUUUUGGAGUCGCUGCCCAGCUGGUUGGACUCAAGAGUCUUCGAAACACAUUCGUAGGCACGCCGUUCUGGAUGGCACCGGAGGUCAUCCAACAAGAGGGGCACGACUCAAAAGCCGAUGUCUGGAGCUUGGGAAUUACAGCCAUGGAACUUGCGCAUGGCGAGCCACCGCACGCGAACAUCCAUCCCAUGAAAGUUUUGUUCCAAAUUCCGAAGCAACCUGCACCACGACUAGAGGGUGGCAGCUGGUCAAAAGACUUCAGGGACUUCGUUGCGCAGUGUUUGACGAAAGAUCCAGAACGCCGGAGUACUGCAAAAGAGCUACUGAAACAUCGGUUCAUAAGGAACGCUGGCAAGACAGAGGCCUUACAGGAAUUGAUCCUACGCAAGCAGGACUGGGACGCCAACAAAGGGAGCGAAAAGCAUCUUAAGUACUAUGCUGAGACUUUACGAUCGCUCGAUUCUGGCGACAAUGACGAUUCUUGGGUAUUCGAUACAAUCAAGGCCGCUCCCACACCGAACAUGGGCACGUCUCGAAAAUCAAAACCAAGUGUAGAUCCUUUUCAGGACGACCUGUCCGCAAAAUCGAGCCGCGAAAGCCUCAGCCAAGCUCAAUCAGCGACGAUGCGGCGAGUGGUUGAGAUGGAGAAACAAGAAGACGAGAAGCCCAAAUCGCCUGGACAUCAGCAGAAUACGAAAAAGCGUUUGUCUAGCGUACAAGCACGACCUCCGCUUGGCAGAACGUCGUCUUACGGCGAGUCGAAGAAGACUAUCGACGAGAACGAGAACGAGGAGCCAGAUACAGGAAGUGUGAUUCACACACCGCAGAAGCCGAAGACCCAUGUAGAACAGAUACAAGUGGCAUCGAGUUCCUUCGGCCUGAAUCGCGACGCCGAGUUGAUGCCACCACCGCCUUCGCCAUCGCCAUCGAGACGCAGCACCCGACCGCCAUCAGUAUCUCCAAGCAAAGAGUCACGCUUCUCGACCGCAUCGACCUUGGCGGAAGUGACUAGGAAGACGUCUGCCUCGUCGACUGCAUCGGAAACUUCGAAGGAAGCUAUUCUAGGACGGAGGCUGUACAGUAAAGCUAUCGGCAUUUCUUGCCAGGAUGUUCUGGACAACACAGCUGACGCUCCUCGACGCGAAGCCGUGGCUAAGUUGGCUGAAGCCUUCAGCGAUCUGGAAGCUGCCGAUCCGGAAGGCCUCUACCAUAUCAUGUCGGCGGUAUUUACACGCAUCAAAGAUGACAAAAAGAUUAUGACGCUCAUUCCAGCACUGGCUAGCAUGAAUACCGUGCACCCACCAGCACCGGCAAGUAGGGUGUCCAGUGUUGCAAGCACAGCAUCGGUCGCAUCGUCAGCAAGUCCACGGAAACCAAAGUCAGCUGCAGCUGCAACACGAGCGCCUCCGGGCAGUCGUCUGAGUACGGCAAUGUCAAGUCCAACAAAGUCGGCAUCAGCGGAGGCUGUGACCACCGCAGCGAACGCGAAGCUCGUCCUUGCGCAGAACAACCCACAUCUUAAAUCACACCAUAGGAGGCAGUCAACACAGUCGCACAUCCGUUCGCCGGCUUCGACCACACCGGUCAAUUCAGCGCCGUCGUCGCCGACGCCUUCCAGAUCGCCCUCAAAGGUGUCUGCUUCGGCACGCGAGGAGCUCCUCAAGCGCCGUGGAAGUCAGCUGGUUCAACGAAGCAACACGACUUCAUCCUCCGCGGACUCGACGCCGGCUACUAACGGUAGUCCUCGCAAAGCUGCGCAAGGGUCGCCGCAGAAGCAGCUGCAGACCCGACAGGAUCGCAUCAAGGAGCGGAGCCAGCAGUUGCAGGCAGCAGAGCAGCAGAAGAAGGAUGUCGGUGGCGGUGGUAGCAAAGAGAAAGAUCGGCUCGACAAAGAGAAGGCUGAGAUCGAGGCCAUCCAGGCGAAGGUUGGCGGGCAGAUGGAGCACACGGCUGUUCUGGCUGAGGGGAUGUUUGCAAAGUGGUGCGAGGGUGUCGCUGUGCGGUGGGCGGGCGUGCAGUAA